AUGGCUUCCCAGGCUGGCGUGCAUUUGUUUUUGCAGCGCAUCUUCGUUGCGAAGGAUGACGUCGUCGACGGCCUCGUCCGCAGCAUAUCUCGCGGCACAGGUCACGAAUACGGCGGAAAGAACGGAUUCGUACAGGAAGCGAAUCGCGUGCUUGAGGAUAUAGGCUACAUGUUGGUGCGCGUCGUAUUUAACGGUGUCCCGUACUAUGUGCUGAAGGACCUGGAAACCGUGACGUAUAUCGCGGAUCCUCGCUAUGGCGGAUCGCAGGGCGCCUCUUCCAACAUCAAUGACGGCGACAUGAGCCCAUCGCAAUCCUCCCAGUCGUCUGGUACUCGCUACACCGACUCGCUACGCGUGUUAGACUGCAAAUUCACGCCUGCCGAGGUCGCCGUUUACAUGGACGCGAUGGCUCACAUCGUCCGGGAGAGUGGGUACCCGGCUUCUACAUUCACAUCGGUUACUGCAGGGGAACCCUUACAACUGACAGAUGUGUCUACCGCCGCGACGUCGUGGAAAUCGCUGUGCUUGCGGCAUGCCGUUAGCGACAACGCUGCCCAGCAGGCUCUCGCCGAUAGAUUCCAGAGCGACGGCUGGCUAGUUGUGGACACAAUCGACGGAACGGUGAUCCCCGGAGUCCGUUUUCACGUGGAGUUCAUGGAAAAUUACGACUUUUCGGAGCACCCCGACUGUGUGUCUUGUGGCGGAAAGAUCAUUUGCAUGAGUAAUACCUGCGAAAGAUGCGGUUCUACCUGCCAUAAAGCGUGCCAUGAUAUCUUGGAUUCCGGCGAGCGGCACACCCUCGUAUAUUUCUCCGAGAACGAAGAGGCGGCUCGCUUGGUUCACGAUCUCGACUGCUGUUGUCGUUAUCUGCUUCUAGGCGACGGCGCAGAGCCGUCGCCAGGCAAGGGUGCCGCAACUGGAGGUGAUACGGCCGCCGACGCCGAUGGGAGACGAUCUGAUUUUAUCCAGGCCGAUGCCGGCGCUAAUACGGGCACAUCGUCUGCAUAUAUGCAGAGUACGUUGCAAUGUGUCGUCACUUCGAGGUCCUUGUCGAUAUCGUCCGCCGAGACGGAAUCUCAGCGCGGGAAGGUGUUGUCAUCGCUGGUGGCUAUAACUUCGGAUUUGGAGGAGCUCGUGGGUCGAUAUAUGCACUCUCCAACUCUAUUAUACCCUCAUAUAGAGGCGUUGGUUAGCACGGCUUUCGACUUGUUACGUCGCUUCGUCGAGCUUCCGUUCGAAGUUUGGUCCUCAGUUCUCAGCUGCGGGCCAUCGGACGAGCUGCGCGAGUCGCUGAUUGCUUUGGAGUUCGUCUGUUACCACAUUUACAACGUCGCCAAAGUGGUUGGCUUGCGCCGUGUUAUAGGAUGUGCACCUAACGAGGUGCGAUUUUUGGUUCCUCUGGUUGUGCUGAUAGAAUACCUGCAGUCUCACGUCCGUAUUGGAGGCGAUAUGAAGUACGAUAACAAGCGGUGGUGCAUGGAAUAUGUCUGUCUGGCGUGGCUGUCUCUUCUGGUGUACACCCCGUUCGAGCUGAGCACCAUAUGGCAUGCAGGAGACGGCAGUAGGAUGACAUUGCAGGGUCGCAUUUUAGGCGUCUCGAUGCAUUAUUUGGUUCUGUCCACUAAAGCACGUGAUGCUGCGGCUAUAGUGUUGUCCACGCUGUUUGCUCGUCCCGAUGUCAGCGACGUGGAGGUCGGCCGUUUCAUGUCGCACUGUAACUAUGUGCUUACGUCGGGUUCUUCCGCCAACCGGCCAGGAUCAACUCAAUCUACAGCCGAUAAUAAAAAAGCAUCUGGCGCGGCUGCAGUGGAUGACAGGAGCAACAUUCCAGUUUCUCCCAGUCGUGGGAGCGCUCAGCCAACGUCGGCUGCCUCUCCGGACUCAGGAGAUGACCUAUUUUCAAGUCCUACAAUGCCCGCAACUCGGAUAGAUAGCGCAGAUAGUGCGGGGCAACCCGCGGCUCAUGAUGCAAGUACCGCCCCGUCCUCACCUGAGAAGCCCAUGGCACCUUUCGGAACUAACGAUCACGGCCAGAUCGGUGUCAUGACGGUCUUGAAGCAGAUGUUGAAGCGCAUGUCUCGUGAUGAUUUGCGCCUUCACCUUCCUAGGUUUACAGCGUGUCUGUUAGACCAGGGAUGGUCGCCAUCGUCAUCCGCAUGCCGUAAGCUAAAGGCGGCUUGUUUGGGCCGUCUGGCCGUGCACCUCCUUCCUCCACACUCGUCAUCGCAGCGAUAUCGUCGCAUGUGUCGUAAGUUCAUGGAGUCGGAUAGCGCACCCGAGGAACCUGAGUCGGCUGACGCUGAUUUUGAGAUGGACGAGCGCGUUGAGGGCAUUGUGGAGCAGCUACUUGGUACGUUGGUUGACAGUGACAUCCGCGUACGGUGGGCUUCAGCCAAGUCUAUCGGCCGGAUUUCUGCGAAGCUUCCGAUGUGUUAUAACGACCAAAUAAUCGAGCACGUGCUACAGAUAAUCCAGAACCAGUAUGAUACCGUUCGUCAGUGCUUCACCAAGGGCGAGGCGCCCGUGCACGGCAGUUGCCUUGCCAUAGCGGAGAUAAUUCGCGGCGGGAUUUUGCAUCCGCACAUGCUUGACCGCGUGCUGGAUUGCGUGGUGCUGACGUUGGAUUUCGACGUCUGGCGAGGGAAGGGUUCGGCCGGAACUGCAGUUCGUGACGCAUCCUGCUAUAUCUGUUGGGCGAUAGUGCGCAACUUUGCGAGCUCAUUGAUUCAACCAUCGCAUCUGAUCCCCAUGAGCAAGUCGCUGGUUAACAUGGCUUUGUUCGACAUUUCCAUAAAUUGCCGUCGUGCUGCAUGCGCGGCACUGCAGGAGCUGGUGGGCCGUGUUGGUAACGUCGCGCAUGGUCUUGACCUCAUUGUGCUGGCGGAUUAUUACACCGUUUCCAACCGUCGGAACGCCUUCGUCAACGUCUCAUUUGCGAUUUCAAAGUUGGGAUUCUACACGAUAUCGAUGAUUGACAACUUGAUGAAGACGAAGCUGCACCAUCCUGACAUCACCACUCGCCGUUACGCAGCAACAGCUUUGGGCCGGAUAUCUCUAGCUCUGAUAGACUCGCCCAACAGCCAGCUGGCCACCCGCAACGGUUUACCAGUCUACCUGGAAAUUGUGGAGCACUGUCUCUCCAACGUAUUCUCCACGACAUUGGGCGUCAUGCACGGUUCGCUAUGCGCCUUAACGGAGGUGUUGUCAGGCCUGCUCAACCACGGUGUUUUGAUAUCGGACCAAUUUUCCAGCAUAAAACAGAUUCCAGUGCUGUUCGAGCGCAAGCGCCUCUUUCGUUUGAAGGGCGGUGUGCUAAUCCGCCAGUCGAUGUGCCGCCUUAUCAAUUUUAUAUGCCGCAUCGUCCGCCUAAACGACUGCCUCUCCAUAAGUCCCAACGAGCUGGACGUCUAUAUUGUCAUUGUGAAGGACUGCGUGCGAAGCUUCACGCUCGACGUGCAGAUAUCCGCUGCCGAAUGCCUCGGAGAGAUUUUCGAGAUGUUGUGCAUCAUGGAUUAUUCGAAGGCCACUUCGGUGAUGGAUUACUUGCUUAGUUCGCUUGCGAACCAUAAGGACAACAUCGCAGCUCGUCGUGGUUACGCCCUGGCGUUGGGAUCUAUUCCAGAAGGUUUAUGCGUUGCCAAUUGCGAAUCUUUGUUGGAGGCUUUGUGCCAUGAGGUGCUGAAUAACAGCGGCAACGUCGCCAUAAAGGACGCUCAAACCCGUCAGCACUCGCUGAUUUCGCUGGUUCGUCUGCUGAAAUUGUGCGCCAAGGUUAAACUAUCUGGACCUACAAUCGAGCGCAUCGUCUCCUGUCUGGAGUUCGGAUGCUGUGACUCUGAGGUGGACAGCCGCGGUGAUGUGGGUUCCUGGGUGCGUGAAGUAAGCAUCGAAAUUAUCGCAUAUAUUUUCUUUUUAAAACAGUGCCAGGUGCUGCAACAGGAGGAGCACGGUAUUUUACCCAACCUCAGUGAUGAGCAUGUUCAACGUUUGGUGAAGUGUUUGGUUGGUGUCUGCCUUGAGCCCAUGGAUCACACCCGCGCUCGGGCGACCUUCUUGUUCGCGCACAUCUUCGGCGCGUCCUUCCACUUCAAAGUCGAAUGGGUGUGGCAACGUGUGUUUUACGGCGCUCGUUACGAGUACGAAGUAGCGCGUCGUGGCACGUUUCCGGUGUCGUACAUGGAUACGGCUUCCGCUGUGGAGCAUGUCUCCAAGUGCCUUAGCGCAGAUGAGCUAAGACCAACUCGAUCUGACCCCGGCUUAUAUGUGCGUCCUUCAGAUUACAGCAGCACCGUCCGCCAUCCGCUUCCGGCAGUCCCGUCCUGCAGUGACAUUUGCACGGACUCGGAUUACGUAUCGGGGAUAGAGUCGGAUUACGCCAAUACUGAUACUGCUAGCCACAUGUCUCAAGAUGAUUACGUCGACUGCAGUACCGUGGUUCGGGAGGCUGUUGACCCCGCUUUCAAGCGCGCCACCUUCCGAGGCGUCAUCACGUCAUACUCCUGCGGCCACGACCGUUUCUUCGACGACUGCGCGUUCAUGAGUAGCCAGGAGGCUCCCGUGAUAUCGGCCAUCGCGCACAACAUAAACUGGCAAGUGGUUCACACGUUCGACUUAAAGGAGCUGCUGCUGAGUUUGUCGUCGGAGAGCAUGGAAGGGUCAGACGCACCGCCCAAAGCGCAGGGCAACGUUUCUCUGCGCCUACCUGGUUACGCCCUGUCUCCACUUUGCUUCGACCAGUUCAUGUGGAUGUUAUAUAUGCCCAGUUUCUCGUCCGUCGUGAUGAGGGCGCUGUUCCAAGUGCUGGGCGGCAUGGCCAUCCAGGAGACGUGGAACCGCCGCACGGUUUCCGACGUGAUCAUCGAGUUCAUCCGUACGCAUCAGAACAAGGUUGUGCGAUCUCCGCACGGCGAAUGGAUGGAGUUGCACGAGAUGCUGUUGCAGUAUGUGCUGGAGGUGUAUCGUGAGGGCAUCCGGGAUAAGAACUACAAGCUGUCCACCCGCGUGGUAUCGGCAGCUCGAACCUUCCUUUUACACCGCUUGAUCUUCCCCAGCAACGACUUGGUGGAUCUGUUGGCGAGAGAAUCGGGUACUGCUACGAACUACGGCUACCUGAAGAGCAUCUACAAGUGCCUGCACGCCGCCCACUCCACCAUCCGUGACCGUCGCGCCGCUCGCACUGCGCUGCGGGCGAUGCUGGGCUACAUUUGCCACAAGUACCCAACCUUGCGCACUUAUGCGCGCUCAAGCCUGAUGGUGAUACUCAGCAGCUACGACUGGGGGCCAAGCACGGACACGCUGGGCGCCGCCCUCGCCAUGCUGGACGAGUGCGUUGCCAACAAGGGCAACGAGGAAGCCCUGCUGCUGCAGCGGCUGCUGUCGCUGCUCAAACUAUAG